AUGAAAAUCUAUUUAAAUUUCUGGAAAACCAAUCUAUACAGCUCAAACCUCUGUGCGUCCGAUUUCAUCGAGAUCGAUGACAACAAUUUCAAUAUAUCUGAGCGCGUGAACCAAAUGUGUGGGACUCAGGCCAAGUUCGUGAUCUCAAAGGCUAACGUAAUGCACAUCCGUUUCUUCGCCAAACCCGACGCCUUACAGAACACCGACUUUGCAAUUAUGUACACAGAAUUCAGAGAGAUUAACAACAGUACAGGUGAGAAGUGUUGGCACAACGAGUUUGACUGCGAGGAUAGCACUUGUAUUGAUAGAUCCCUUAUAUGUGACGGUUGGGAAAAUUGUCUAUACCGUUAUGAUGAGGAUAAGAGAACCACGUGUGCACCUGACUACAGGCUAAACCAGCCGAACAAUUGUGAGUCCAAUUUCAUCGAGGUCUAUCAUAACAAUAUGAAUAUAUCGGAGCGUGAAUACCAAUUCUGCGCGACACUAGUCGAGUCCGUGCGCUCAAAGACUAACGUAAUGCACAUCCGGUUCUUCGCCAAACACAACGCCAUACAAACCACUCGUUUUGAGAUCGUAUACACGGCCUACAGGCAGCUCAAAAACAGAGAUCAGUGUCGGCCCAACGAGUUUGACUGCGAAGACGGCACAUGUAUCGAUAGGCAGCUCGAAUGUGACGGUUGGGACAAUUGUGAAUAUCGUUAUGAUGAGGAUAUGGAAACAACAUGUGCGCCUGACCAGCGCUCAUCUAUAAUAAUGUUCAUAUCGGAGCAAAUGGUGGCAAUACUAGUGGUGAUCGGUGUCCUAGUGUUGGGUGUGUUUGUGUGGAUCGCAAUAUUCUGUUGGAAGGAUAGGAUAAACUUAGACUUCUAUGAAUGCACCCUGACCAAGUCAAAUGACUAUAAGGCCAAUUACAUCGAGGUUUAUGACUACAAUUUUAAUAUAUCUGAGCGUGAGAUCCAAUUGUGGGGCACUCAGGCCGAGUCCGUGCGCUCAAAGACUAACGUAAUGCACAUCCGGUUCUUCGCCAAACACGACGCCUUACAAGAGUAUAAGUUUGAGAUAAUAUACACCGCCGUCAGAGAGCUAGACAGUAGAGAGAAGUGUUGGCCCAACGAGUUUGACUGCGAAGACGGCUCUUGUAUUGAUAAGCAACUGCAAUGUGACGGUUAUUUCAAUUGCCUAAACCAUCACGACGAAGACAAAACGACCACGUGCGCUCCAGCGAUUACAUACUUGUGUUGUUGUAAAUCACAUAAACGGGGACAAACAAAACGGGACAUUAAAUCACGGGAAUUCCCGGUAGACGACAGUCCCGACCAGAUGUAA